GUCCGUAACCUCCAAAGUUCCAAUCGAAGGCCCUAGCCUUGAACGGUUGAUUCCUUUAGUGUCGAAAUAGGGUCUCUCUACAGACGAACUGGAUUGUGGUUUGGUUAUCGGCUCAUUGAAGUGAAUCUUCAAUCUUCUUGCCGCUCGGCGGAACUCGUUUGCCCCCCUCCAGCCUUCACCCUGGCUUGAGCCUCCCUUAGGCUCUUAGCUGCUCAUACCGGUACCAAAGAAGCCCAAGAACUGCUAACAUUUCAGUUCCACCCACUCCUACUACUGCCGCGGGUGUCAUACACCCUAUCCUGCCCUCAUAGGACUUGGGUGGAUAUGUAAUUGUGGAGAAUAGCAGCAGCCGUCAAGCGUUUGUCAAGUCGUCAAAUCGUGAAAGAUGGAUAUAACUUCCAAAACGGGCGCGUUGGCAUCGCCGAAACUCACCAAGCCAAAGCCCGCACCCGCUCCAAGUAUGGUGGCGUACGCUGCCUUUGGGUGUGAACACAUUCAUGACCUAUUCAUGGAGAACCGGAAAUUCACCGUCCAUCACUACUCCCUCCUGGUCCAGACCAUCAACGAAAAGAACGCCCUGAUCCUGCAAACCCACAAGUCUCUCAAAGCCCCCGAACCGAGACCGGCCGUCUGCUUCACGCCGACCUAUCUGUGCCUGCAAUGCCCCAGCGUCCACAGUCCGGAGUUGAGAGAUAAGCACUGGGACACUAAGGGCCAUGCGUUCUCAAUCGAGUCACGGUCAGGCUAUGUAUACUGCCAGGAAUGCCAGGACUUCAUAUAUGACCCCACGCUCGAGGAAGUGCGUCUACAACGAGGCCGGAAGAGACGGAAGCUCCAGGACUACACUCAUACCCCCGAAGAUGCCCGUUUAAUCGCGCAGAACUCAACAUUCGCCCCGUGCCGUGCGAUUGGAUUGCGUGGAUUCUACAACAUGGGCCAGACGUGCUUCAUGAGCGUUAUCAUCCAAAGCCUGCUGCACAACCCGUUCAUCAAGAUGUUCUAUCUCGGCGAAGGACAUAAGACGGCGGAUUGCGAGAAGUCCCAUUGCACGAGUUGCGCGCUGGACGAGAUCUUCACGGAGUUUUAUUCGGUGGAGAAGACGGAGGGGUUCGGCGCGGUGAACAUGCUCAUUGGGAGCUGGAUGGGCACGCAUUCACUGGCCGGCGAUAAGCAGCAGGAUGCCCACGAGUAUCUCCAAUUCAUAUUUAAUUCUCUCCACUUGGAAAACGGUGGAACCACCGAUCACAAGGGAGACGAUUGCUCGUGCAUCAUGCAUCGCUCCUUUUCCGGCCGGCUGCAGAGCACCGUCACCUGCGAUAAAUGCAAGAACAUCACCACGGCGUUCGAUCCGUUCAUGGACCUGAGUCUGGAUCUGAAGAGCCAGGCCAGAAAACGGAAAGCCGACGUGGAUAAAUUCGCAGAUAUCGUGCCGGUGGAUGUGAGGGAAUGCCUAGAGCGGUUUACUGGAAAGGAGAAGCUCCCAAGCGGAGAAUACACCUGCCAUAAAUGUGGCGGUUCGCAACAAAAUGCGACGAAGCAGCUCAGCGUCCAACGUCUUACCCCGGUGUUGACGAUCCAUCUAAAGCGAUUCGAGCAUAAUAAGACGUCUUCCAAGAUCGAGACCAAAGUGAAGUUCCCCCUGGAACUGGAUAUGUACCCGUAUACGACCCGGGCCAAAUCCCAUCCCAUCAAGCCCGGUUCAAUCCAGAACCCGCCACCCAGCUGCGUCUACGAGCUGUCGUCCGUGGUCGUGCAUAAAGGCAAGAUCGAUUCCGGCCACUACGUCUCGUACUCGCGCGAGGGGCCCGACUGGUUCCAGUUCGACGACGUGAAGGUCACUCUGGCUUCGGAAGCGGAGGUGCUGGAUGCGAACGCGUAUCUGCUCUUCUAUGUUCUCCGUGGGCUCGAGGCUAUGGGCGACGACCUCACCCAGAAGGAUGCCCUCAAUGUGCCCUUUGGUCAGUGACGUUGCAUUCUUCUCUGCUCUCACUUAGCGGGAAUGCAUUGGGUGGCGUUUGGAAAUGGGAAGGAUAUAUUGUAGUUAGACUGCUGCCGUGGUGGCUCGAUCCAGGAUGGCGUUUCGUGUCUAGAUUGCAGGCUAUUCAAGCAUAUUACGUUGCGGCCAGUGCUCUGCAAAGUGCCUCUAUCAUCAUGAUUUUAUCUCUCUAUCUAGGCACCGCGUAGGCUAAUCAUGCGUAGGCUAAUCAUUAACGAAGAGAUUCCAAUCUUUAACGUCAAACGUCGCCAUGACUUGUUCCAUAACGUCCAACCCAUCUUUAACAAAUUCAUCGAACUGCUCGUUGCCGAUGUCGAUAUUCUCCGGGUGGAAACU